CGUCGUCCAAUCAGAUUGUCGGGAUUGAGUUCACUCCCACAAAGGUCGAGGUCAUCACCAGCGAUCAGCUGUUCGCAAGUCCGCGAGAGUAAGAAAGCCAGGCGAGAAAAGCAACAACAGCAGGAGAAUGAACGGAUUUUAUUGUGAUUUUAGAACGUGUAUCGGAGUAUAAACAAUCAAGGAGGGGAAUCACACUCCCUGAUCUGACAAUGUAACAUUGUAUCAAGCUGCAGUAGCCAAUGGCUGUAGCUGCUACGAUGAAGGUCACGAAAUUUGAUGAGUGCAGCGAGAAGGACCUUGAGUUUGAGCCGGAGCCAGAGCCGCGCACGAACUCAAGAUGUCCAGAUGGAGGCUGGGGCUGGGUGAUAGUGUUUGCCUCGUUUAUGUGCAAUGUGAUUGUUGACGGUAUUUGUUUCACGUUUGGACAGUUCGUGCAGGACAUAAUAAGCUAUUACGAUGCUGGACAUUGGAAAGCAACGCUUGUGGGGUCUUUACUGGUGGGCUGUUACUUGUUGGCUGGUCCACUUGGCGGUGCUCUGGCAAACAGAUUUGGAUGCCGUAAGGUGACGAUAUUUGGCGCAAUUCUGGCAUGCGCUGGUUUCCUCAUCAGCAUGUCGGCACCCUCCAUAGAGAUCCUGGUUCUGACGUACGGCAUUAUUGCUGGUGCGGGCCUAGGGUUGAUCUAUCUGCCAGCCAUUGUAAUCAUUGGGUACUGGUUUGAACGCAAGCGGGCAUUUGCAACUGGUAUUGCACUUUGUGGGUCCGGGAUUGGCACAUUGAUCUUUGCACCGCUGAACAAAUAUCUUCGCGAGGAAUAUCACUGGAAACAGUGCACAAUGAUCGUGGCAGGAAUCGUGCUACAGUGUGUCGUUUGUGGUGCUCUGUUCCGUCCACUGGAGCGCCCGACAGUGAAACGCAUGAAGCGCGGCGUCGUACAGAGAGGUUCCAUCAUGAAGGCCCUAAUUUUAGAGAAAGAACGACAGCGAACAAUAAGUAAUGGCUCGCUAGACAAUUGCAUUAUUACAAAAGACAAUAGACUUAUUAAAAUAGACAAGAUAGACUUACGGAACAAAAGUUCCUCAUAUAUAAAUAGACUCAAGGAACACCUAGGAUAUAGUUCACGCAGUUUGCUUCGGAGUAAAAAUAGUCUUAUAAUUCACGGUAGUGCGUGUUCAACGCCGCAGAGACAAGGAAGUGUCGUUUCAACACCUCCUUCACUUGUUAUGUCAUCCCAGGAAACACCGUUGGCAGAGGAACCUAAAAAAGCUUCCCCUCAAAAACGUCGUAAAAGAGAUUAUGAAAGGCGUUUGGAAAGACGAGACAGCGGAUGUGGGAGUCUUGAGUCUCCAAAAGCUCGAAGCUACGAUGCACUGCCGCAGGAAGACCCCUGGGAAAAGUUAUCGCAAGGAGGCUCAUUGAACACUAAGAGCUUAAGCUCUAACACCCUAAACAGUCAAGACAAUGUGAGCCCUACGAUGUCAAAUGGCAAGACGAAUGGAAGUUUUUACAGCGUUGCCGACAGCAACGGAAACUCUCGAUCUCAAUCAAACAACCAUCUCCUGCCACCCCAGUGCAUUUUGGGAUCAUCGGUGAUGACUGUACCUCUUCAGUAUAGUGCGAGCGUGCAGACGAUUGAGAAUUACGAGGACAGAGACAUCCCCGUUUGGAUCCAGAGUUUAAGUACAAUGUUUGAUCUGUCGCUGUUGAAGGAAAAGGCUUUUUUAUUAUACGCAUUAACAAGUUUCCUCAACAUGCUUGGAUUCUUCAUUCCUUAUUUUUUCUUGCCCGAGAAAGUCCGAAACAUGCCAAAAGAGGACAGCUCGACACCUGACCCAGAAUCGUUCGUCCUCGCUGUGAUUGGUUUGUCCAACACACUGGGCCGAGUCCUGGCAGGCUGGAUCGCCGACAGGCCUUGGGCGAACUCAAUACUGAUCAACAAUAUCAGUCUGAUUCUGGCUGGAGUUAUUACAAUCUUGUGUCCAUUCUGUACAACAUACUCGCUGAUGAUUCUGUUUUCUUGUGGAUUCGGUCUGACAACAGCUGCCUUUUUGUCGCUGCGUUCCAUUGUACUCGUCGAUUUGAUCGGCCUGGAGAGACUGACAAGCUCUUUUGGUCUUCUGAUCCUAUUUCAGGGGAUCGCCUCCAUCUUAGGGUCACCACUAGCAGGUUUCCUCAUGGAUACUACAAACCAUAUUGACUCGGUGUUCUACAUGUCUGGGAGUCUGCUCGCAUUGGCAGGAAUUCUGGGAUACCCGUUGAUGCGGAUGAAGCAUCGCCCACAGGAACUACCUCCCCAUCAGGACGACCCAGAGCAGUACGGCGAUGUUUCUCGGGCACAGAUUGAGUUUGUAAAGCUUGGACAAAACGAAACGGCGAUGUGAUCGUGUUGUAUGUUUCGGCCACCAGGUGGCACUAUUGACAGGUUUGAUUGUGUAGGAAUUACGAAGGACGGAAGCAGACAACAAAAACUAGUCUACUUAUUACGUUGAUUCUGUGAGUGUGUGUGCUUGUUAUACUGACCAAUGUUUACUCAAAAUAUGUGAUCGUCAGGGAAACAAACAAACAUUCGUGUACGAAGGACAACGGGGACAUGAAAAUGCCAGAUUGAAUAAGAUUUUGUUGGCCGUUGCUAUGGAAACAUGGGAGAAUGAGAGAAAAGAAUGUAAAUUAAGUCGAAUAUAUUUCCAUGGAAACUUGUUAACUUGAAAACCAUAGAUAAAAUCUGAACCUACAUUCAAGUAUUAGUUAGUUACCAUGGAGAAAGGUUUGGUAUAUUUUAAUACCAAUGUGUGGAAUAUCGGUAAAAUACCGAAAAACCUUGUGUCAAAUGACUGAUGUUUGUAGAAAAUUUUGUGUUAAAUAGGGCUGUAAUUUUGUGACGUUUUAGUAACAGGGUCAAGCCAUAUACAGGCAAGUGCUGGAAUGGUUUGGGGGGAAAAACCUUGAAGACUUACCAUGGUAUCAUGGUUAUAAAUAGACUUGAGUAUGAUGUCACUAAAUAAAUAUAUAUAUAUAUAUGUGUGUGUGCGUGUACAUAUUUGAUGAAUGUAUUAACGUUGACCUCUUUACCUCUCAAUGAAGAUCAAAAGUGGACAAGGUGACGUAUCUCGGUCCAGGUGUUGAAGUAACCAUAUGUUGUGCAAGAGAAAUAGAUGUGAAUGUUUGGCAGAUGAUAUCUUCUACGGAGAGGCAUAACUGAUUUUACAGAGGUUCAAGCAAAAUCAACUUUUGAACUUUUUUUCAUAGUUGAAAUGUUAUUGAGUCACCUCUGUAUUUUAGGGUCAAUGGUUAAUUAUGCUUACGGCAGGGAACUUUUUUUUUUUCAUUCGUCUGGUGCUGCUUUACCUUGGUCAAGGGUCAAAGGUCAAGAUUCAUUAUGUAUUGGAAUGAAAACUAGAUGUGAUGUUUGGUAUUAACUGAGCAGCAGUGGAGGUGACCACAGAUAGGAAGGAGUACGGUAUAAAUGAGAUGAGUGUCGGGUCUAUUUACUUCUAGACCUUAAAUGUCUGUUUAUCUCCUUGGGUUCCUUGGUUUGUCAUCAAGAUUCAUUCAUGUUACAUCUUGACUCAUUUAAAAUAUCACAUUUUAACCCAUUCACCCCUUAAGUCACACCAAAUCAAAGACUGGAAAGGUCCAGUUUAAAUAUGUAGGAAUGAAUGAAUGAGUUGAACCAUAUUUUUUUUUAACUCAAAAUAGAUAUCUUCUCUUUUUGUUUUAUUGAAUGAAAUUAAAGGGGUUUGAUUCUCUUUUAAUGUCUUUAAGUUGAAAAAUCUGCAGGAAAUAUUGAAUUAAUGUGAUUUUUAUAAGAUACUGCUUUGAAGAACAGGGAGGAAAUUAUGUCCUGAAGAAUAAGCUGAGUGUGGUCUCGAAUUGUGCUAUAGAAUUAUAUUGAUAUUAAUGAUUAGUGCUUUAUUAAAUGUGUUUCAAUAAUUUGUUAAAAUUCUUAUAAGUAUUUGAUAAGAAAUUUUGACCUGCAUUUUUGUUAAAAGUUUUUCAAUUUUUUCUAGGGAUGCAUUUUCAUGUGCAUGGGCAUGACCUCUCAAAUUAUCACUUGUCCUACCUGGAACAGUUUACGUUUUUCUGUUGAGAAGGGGUCAGCUUUAAAUAUUGAAAAAGUUUCACUUCUAAAAAAUCAUGGUCAUUAAUGUAAUUGAAGAACAAAAUGUUUUUUUCUCUGAUCAUGCUGUGAAAUAAUUACUUAAAUAAUAAAUGUUGUUUAUUUGUGUUUUUGAUAUAUUCUGUAUAUUUGUUGUACAAUUUCUGAAGUUAUUGUGUUCCUUCUGUAAAAGAUAUCACUUGAAGGUCAAGUUUUGAAAGAUUUUUGAAGGUCAAGGUCAUGGAAGCUUUUAGCACAUAACACAGUGCCUUUUUAAGAUGUGAAAAUGCGCCUGCGGAUCGUUAGUUGUUGCUGGCAUAAAAGUCUUGAGAUAUUUUGGGAGAAAAAAUGUGUUUAUGUAAAAAAAAAAAAAAAGUUGUGAAAGUCGGUAACUAUUUGUAGCUGACUUGGUUAUUUUGAAGUAAUUUGUUCAAAGUGAUUGACCAGCAUGUUUUCAAAAAUGAACAAAAAGGCAGACAUGUCAUUUCAUGUCUGUGAAAUGAUGGGAAAAUGUCUGAUUAAGGAUGUAUGCUACACCGUACCCUCACUCUUAUCUUUUUGUUUUUGUUUUGGAAGAGUUCAAGAUUAGGAACUAUGAAAUGAUUUUAUUAUGAAUACAAAUUUUUCAAGUUUUGAUGGCAAAAAUGUCCUUUGUGCUAUUAAGAAAGUUCUUAAACGGGAGAAAACACUUCACAUAAGUCACCUAUAUAUAAUGUGUGUGAUAGUUAUAUCAUACAGAGGGGUACAGACUUAUUUAUAACUUUUUCAGACAGUUUCCCCAUUUAUCUUAGGACUUGAGCAAACUUUUCUCAGAAUGUUUCUCCCUGUCUGCAGUGCUGGAUGGUCUGGAAGUUGUCAAGUAUCGAAAAGUUUGGAAACCGUCUUGUGUGAUUCUGGAUUAUGUGUUGAUAUAGAACACCGGCGUUUUGUACAGAUGACCGCGUGGGUACAGAUGACCCGUGUGGGUACAGAUGACCCGUGUGGGUACAGAUGACCGGUGUGGGUACAGAUGACCCGUGUGGGUACAGAUGACCGCGUGGGUAUGAAUGUGUCUGUAGAUUACCUAUGGUUGUAGUCUGUUGAAAGGCUGUACAGUUAUAAAAAAAACUUAUAUAAAUAUAUAUAUAAAUAUAUCUUUUUAAAGUAUAUAACUAUGUAUGAUAUAAUUUGCAUACUGAUAAAUUAUGUUGUUAUUCAAUUUAGCGAAGAAAAGAAAUGUCACAUGACUUCAUAUGUUUUGCUCAUGUGGCCGACUGUGUAUAAGGCAGUUUUACAUCCCAGUGACCUUUAACCUUAAAAGGUCAAAGGAUGGAGGGUCAAUGUCAGGAUCAUUCAAAAACUACACAAUAACAAGUAUUUUACAGAUGAAGCAAUCCUGUAAGUUUAAUAAGUUUGUACCUUUGUAAGCAAAUGGUAUUUAUCUGGAUUUGCUUUUUGAUGUCCUUUGACCUCGAAUGUGAUUAGAAACUUGACCUCACCUAAAGGUCAAAGGUUACUGAGCACAUAAAUAUAUGUAAAUUGCUAUAAUAAUACUUAGAGUAGUUUAACAAAUUACUAGGCUGUCUAGUUAAAUGUUGUUUUUUUUGUAUAUUAAGCAUGUUGUAUUUUAUUUGUAUCUGUUUUAGUUACAAAAACUUUGAUAUUAAAUAGAAAAGAAAUUUGUCAUAAUUCAAGACUUUGACAUUCUUCCCGAGCUAACUAAAGCUCCAGUGGGUACUUCUGGUUGACCUUUAUUGCUGAUGUCUUUCCUCAAAUGAAGUUCCUGUUUGUUUUGGUAUUUUAUCUGAAUAGAUUUAAGUUUUGUAAAGUAGACAAAAAAUACCUGAAAAGAGAAUGUUGAAAUGACUGAAUUGUGACAAAGGUUCAAAUUUAUUUGAAAAACUCUUUAUUAAUAUUUCAUGUUUGCUUGUAAGUGUGCUAGGCUGGUGUCGAUUUAGUUUGAGGUAAGGAUGAGAGGGAUGUAGUGCUUAUUAACUAUACAUGUUUUUUCUCCAUACCUUUUUACUUUAUUUCAAUUUUUUUUGUUUUAUUUGUUUCUGAAAUUUUUGACUUGGAGGUCAGACGACCUUGGUAUGAAGAAUUGUUUGUUUUACCCAUUAGUCUUAUUCAAGUUAGAAACAUGUUGCUGCACUGCGGUACAUGUCAUCAAAAUCGUUUCCAUGGCCUCAUGAAAAUGAUACAAAGCUUUUAUAUAUUUGGACAUAUAGAUACGGCUUCUACAUGCUUCUUGUUUAUCAAUGUAUCGGAGGAAAUUGCAAUCGAAUUAUGUUUUGCCAGCUCAAAUUUGAGUGAGAUGUUUAUCAUUCGAAAUAUAUUUUGUAAGAUCCUAUCUUUUUGCAUGUAUUUGUUUCCUUUCCACCCUUCUGGGAUAUAUUAUCUGCUUCACGUUAACCCACCACCUCGUCUCCCCCUUCUUUCCCUCAACCCCAUUUCCCCAUCCCCUACCUCUUCUGGAAUAAUAUUCACCAAAUCAACCUAAAUGGUCACAUUUUCAACAUUUUGUCAGAACGCACAGUUUUGUAAUAUUGAUGUAUUAUGUGUAUGUUGGCUCUGUAGAAUGUGUUUGACUGUUAUGCUGCCUAUAUGCAAGGGCCAUUUAUUAAGAGGAAUUCAAUGUUUGCAUUCAAUACUGUAUAAUGUAGAUAUAUUUAUUGAUAAAAAGUGAUCAUAUUUUGUUGACAAAUGAAUUUGUGAACUUUUAAAAAAUAUUUAAAUUCAAAUGACAUCUUUAUUUCGGAAUGAAAAACAUUUCUGCGGGCAAAAGAUUAGUGGAAGUAUUUCAUUUCAUUGAUUUCGAAAUAUCUAAUCUGAAUAUAAAAUAUUUUGGACUUAUAGUGGAAGUAUGAGGACACAUGAAGUGCUAUAAUUUAAAACAGGUUUUCUUGUAUUUGUAUAGGGAAGCAUAAUAUAAAAGACAUUUUAUCAUAUAUUAUUUUAACUUUUUAAAGUAUUUAAUUUUAUUUAAAAUGUACUUAAUUAUUCCAAUAUGAAAGGGUCCUUGCAUGGCUUUUAUGCAGCUUGAGAGACUGAUUCAGACGUUUUUUUUUGUUCGUAUGUAAACAUUAGUAUGUUUGAGAAACUGAAUAUGAUUGGUUGCAGUAUAUGUAUUUUUUGAUUGGGUGAAAUAUUAAUAUACCCUGAGCUAUCAUUGGUUAGAGACUGGUAUGUUGUAAGUGAUUUGAUUGGUGAAAAUAUGUUUGUACAGUGUGAAUGUGCUGAAGACAAUUACAAUAUCAAUCUAUAAGUUCCUUUUCUGGUGCUUGUAACCAUAUUGAAACACAAGUUUGUCACGGGCUAGUUGUUCAGGUGCGGUCAACCCUUCCAACUCUCUCCCCUGCAAGUAGUUCAGCUAAUAUAAACAACUUGGAUUAUUCCAUUACCGGAAAAACAGGGUUCUUUCAUUGUUCCAGAUAUCACCAACUUCUAAAGAAUGAAAUCUUGAAAUCAUAGACUAUGAUUAACACCCUCACCCCUGAAGACACAUUUGAACUCUUCCAAGUCAAAGGAUGCAAUAGUUCAAUAUGGAAUUUCAGGGUUGAAUGCGUUAAGCAAGGUUCUACGUUAUUGAAGUACAGUGCCUAACAAUGUUGGGAGUCGUCAAAGUGACAGCAAAAUAAGAUUUUCAUCGGGGAAAAAGAUUUUUCUUUGCUUUCGCUGGAAACAAGAUAUGUUUUUACUCACUUGUACAACUCUUAUUUACAGACUAGGCAAUUAAUUCAAAUUACCAGAGAUAUUUGACUGAUCUGUAUUUACGCAGUUGGAAGGGUUUUACUUCAAGGUUGUGGUAAGUGAUAAGUUCUAGUGUUUUUCUUGAUGAUCAAACUAUGUAGUUUUAAUUUGCUGUCAUUACUGUAUAUCGGGAAUUAUUCUGUAGAAUUUUUUAUUUAUUUUUUAAUUUCGGCAUAACACAACAUUCUGAUGACUAUAGGCUGAAAUAAUGUUAUUUCUUUGAUUUCUGAGGAGGUUCUUUGAAGCGUCAUUAUUAUGGGUUUUUUUUAAAUUCACGGAAAACGAAAUUCACGAAAAAAAUCUUUUCUGAUUUGGUUUGAUCACUUUUUACAACAAUGCUGCAGAAUGUGGCAUUAUUCCCGAUGUACAGUGUGUGGAACAAUGGUGUAAGGAAAAGGAAAAUACGGUGACUUGGGUCAAACACUUGACGGGCGACAAAGGGGCCAUUUUCUUCACCAUUUUAUGCAAUGGCCAGCAAUCUAUUGGAACUGCCCAUAGUAUUUAACCGUACAAAUGGAUAACUGAUCGUGGAACCGUUUCUGGGAACGUUGCUGAAUGAACAGAUCCAUACAUCAUUUUAAGUUGAUUCAUGAUUUGGCAUUUACAUAUUCCAAAGACAUAAUUCACUGGACAUAUGGUCUGUUCAUUUGCUCAAACGAAUCCGGAACGAUUCCCCUGAGUUCUUGUGUAUUUGCGACACAUCUGACUAACAUAGGGCAUUAAAGUUAGAUGAACAUAUUUUUUUAAUUUCAAAACUGAAUAUUGUUUUUAUAAUCGAUCUUUCAGUAAAGGAAGGCCAGAGUUGAAGAAAGUUUUUUUUGUCAUUUUGUUUUCUGAUUGGCCAGUAAAAUUAAUUAAAGAGCAAAAUGACAAAAACGUGUAUAGUAAGGUCGUUCGCAGAAAGAGUUUCAGGUUGAAAUUGUCAGUCGCGUUGAUGGAUCAAACUUUUGGUUCAGUAGUUCAUCGUUUUAUGAUAUUCAUGAAUAGUUAGCUUGUUCUUUUUCCCUUCUUGACUCCUACCUAUGAUCUUCUUCUCUUUGAUAUCAGGUACGCCAUUGGAAAAUGUGUAUGACCUCAGCCCAAAACGAAACAUUCAUAGGAAAAUCCAUUAAUAUACUCUAGCAGUUUUGGUAUUCUUGCUCGCAGUUUUGGUAUUCUUGCUCGAGUGUCAUAAAUUUGUUCUUAAAUUAUGUUAGAAAGGUCACAUUCCUUCCAUGAACGUUAGGUUUAUUUCUCAAUCAAGAGUUUGAAAUCGUCAUAUCAGAAGUUUGGGGAGAUAAUGUAAAAUUGUAGUACACUGUUUCUGAUUUCAAACAAAAUUUAAUUUAUUUUUUCACCAGAAAAGUCUUUGUAACAUAUUAUAUCAUAUUACUUGGAUGUGACGUUUCAUUUAUCCUGUCCAACACUUAAGUAAUUUUUUAACUCUGUCAUUGGAACAGUUCAUUAUGACUGGUAUGGGUACCUGAUUUUUUAACUCUGGUCAUUGGAACAGUUCAUUAUGACUGGUAUGGGUACCUGAUUUUUUAACUCUGUCAUUGGAACAGUUCAUUAUGACUGGUAUGGGUACCUGAUUUUUUAACUCUGUCAUUGGAACAGUUCAUUAUGACUGGUAUGGGUACCUGAUUUUUUAACUCUGUCAUUGGAACAGUUCAUUAUGACUGGUAUGGGUACCUGAUUUUUUAACUCUGUCAUUGGAACAGUUCAUUAUGACUGGUAUGGGUACCUGAUUUUUUAACUCUGUCAUUGGAACAGUUCAUUAUGACUGGUAUGGGUACCUGAUUUUUUAACUCUGUCAUUGGAACAGUUCAUUAUGACUGGUAUGGGUACCUGAUUUUUUAACUCUGUCAUUGGAACAGUUCAUUAUGACUGGUAUGGGUACCUGAUUUUUUAACUCUGUCAUUGGAACAGUUCAUUAUGACUGGUAGGGGUACCUGGUGAAUCCUAACUCCAAGAUACCAUACUACUAGGAAUCUGUAUCGGAAACUACCAAACACCUGUCUUUCACCAUUCUUGUCUAAAAGUAGAUUGGGUUCCGAAUUGCGGAACUCGGGUUCCGAGUUGCAGAGAUCUGUAUGAAAGAUUGAAACUGAUAUGUUGCAGCCCUACAAAGGCUUGUUAUGAGGACACAUGUAAACGUUGAAUGCGGUAUUCUCCUCCAUUUGGGUUUACUGUGCUGUAAGCUUCUCAACUUAAACACUAGGUGGCGCUCAGGUAUUAUAUAGAUGGCGCUUUUCAUUCAGAAUAUACAAACUUAUUGUCAAUCAUGUUUCAAGUUACAUUGAGAAAUAAAACGUUUAAAAGAU